AUGAAAUUUGAUGCUCCUGCAUAUUGUUCUGCCUCGCCUUACAUAACCUCUCAGAAAACAAAGUCUUCCACUCCUCAGACAACUUCAAAUUUGACACGUUGCACAUUAGCUCCAAUCACAAGCAUUCUAACGUCCAUUACUUCGUCUACGGCAAAUGACAUUACGAAUAACUGUAAUACUAUGUUUUCCAUCGUUUCUUGUCAAUCUAGCGCAUCCUCCGUAGGUAAGAAUAAACGCGGCCGUAAGCCCUUACCAACAAUGCCAAAAGAGAAAAGACAUUUAAGAAAUUUAGUCAAUCAACGCGCGUUCCGUGAACGGAAGAAGAAUUAUGUCCACGACCUGGAAACUAAAGCCUCAAAAUUUGAGACGUUGUACAAUGAAUCUCAGAGUGAAAUUAAAUCAUUGAAAGAAAGAGUUGCGCUUUUGGAAAAACUUCUUGCUAGUAGCAAUAUAAAUGAUGCCAGCGAUGGACGUGAUAAUAUUUAUGUGGUUGAAGAUAAUUCUAAUGAAAACCGAUUACCUCAAGAAAUCUAUAAGCACAAAGAAAACGUGUCAUACGUGAUGCCCACUGUCUCAGAACAAUACACAAGUUAUUCUUCUGCAUCAGGAAAUUGUAAUUUACUAUCUUCAUUUACACAAAACGCUACGUCAACAUACAUGUUUAAUGAUGUACGGCAGCGGCAAAGAAAUCAUCAGCAAAUUGAAGAAAAUCACAAUUCCUUUCAAGAUUCUUUACAAUCAGAUUCUAUUAAUAAUACUAAUCCUGUAUACGAACCUCGUUCUCCAACACAUUCUUCUUCUUCUUCAAUUGAAACAGUAGAGUCUGGUGAUAGUAAUAGCUCCACGAUAACGUUAAGUGGACUCUCUAAUCCAAUAACCACCUCCUCACCUUUUUAUUCGAUUUUUUCUGAACAAAAAGGUUAUUGGAUACCUAACUUGUCGACUGCGUCUAAUGAUGAUGAGUCCGUAUGGCAGAAGUUUCAACCAGAUCAACAAAGAUGGCGUCUUACAGCACAUAAUCCAUUGACUACAUUACCACCGCUCCUUCAGUAUGAUGUCAGUCGAGAAAAUUAA